AUGACAAACGCUUCAAACGAACCACUCCUCAGGAAAACAUUUUUAGGUAAAGAAGAACAAGAAAAAAUAGAACAAUUUCUUAACAAAGACGUCAACAUUGAAGACGAAAACGAGUCUGAUUUCGAGGAAGCGACGGAGGCUGUCAAGAAGAGGAGGGAACUCAAAAAGAAAGCGGACGAAAAAAAGAAAAAUUUUACAUCUGCGGCUCCUGUGAAAAAUUGUGUUAAAACGAAUAAUCCCGAGGCCAUGUGUAAAAAAUGA